UGAUGUCCACUGACAACAAACUCGGCGCAAAUCCCACAUUUACCCCCUGUUCUACACAAGCUAUAGACUGGGGCUGAAUACUGGCGAGCAUCUAAGGUGUGUGUGCUGGCACUUUGACACCCAAAUGCACUGCGCGCGCGCGCGCGUGUCAUGCCUCUGCGCAGAUGUAGCCAAAGGCAAAAGGCUGCGCAAAUCGCGUGCAGGCGGACAGGCAAAGCAGCGACAGACCUGUGUCAUUAAAAUCUCGUCUGCAGAUCCUGAGCUGGUCGCGCGCAAUACUACUACAACUCCUCGCGGGGCUGCUGCUGCUGUCGACGAACCCUAGGCGCAGAUCGAGUGACACGCGCGCAAAAGGUGUGGAGGAGAGGGCAGCCGCCCGGGACAAUGGGACCGAACCCGUGCCAAUAAACCGGUCUCACAAACACAAGCGUUGGUAAGGAUAACGGCGAUAUGGCUAAAACCGAGAAGAUCUAAACUUGCUGUGAGGAUUAUUGAGGCUUCAUCUCACCGGUGAGACGAGGGAAGGAAUCGGAGUUUGCAUCACCUUGUCAAAGGAAUAAGCAACAUGAUGGCGUGCGGAGACAGUCGUUUGGGAACCUGGCAGGUGCUACUGACCAUCUCAAUGGUCAUUAUCCCCUUAGCUGCUCACGGGAGACAUUCACUAACCAGGCGCCAUCAUCACCACAACCAUUCAUCUGUCAACAAGGAAGCUUUGGACACCAGUAUGGUACUCAGUGAUGACUCAGCAGAAAGGGAACAUCUGAUUGGAGCAGGGAUUGGGGCCAAACUCCCACUCAGCUCCACCAGACAUCAUCAUUCUCACAAACACCGCCACCUGGAUUUUGUAGAGGAAGACCCACCUGUGGUAGAGGAGCUAACUGCUGGAGGGGCAGGGCCAGACCAACCUGGAAGUCCUUUAUCAGACGGUGUCAUCACUGUGGAGUUUCACAGUCCUGCGCCAGAUGUUGUACCCUCUGAUGUUGCUCUGGAUUGGGAAAAAGCCCCCAAACCCCAGAAGCAGAAAGGUGGAGACCCUACCACAUGGACGCUCUCCGAUUUUUAUGACUACCUGUCUCCUGAUGAUGACCUCUCAGCAUUAGAUACAACACCUGAGCCAGAACCCACCCCUUCCCUUCCAACCAACAUGGAGGAUGAGAAUCCACUCCUAACUGGCUCGCCAGCUGUUCCUGACAAUGUGCGACCAAAAGCAGACAGCCGCCCAUCUUUACCAGCUCCUCCGAUGCUUGGGCCAGACCGCAGUGACGGGUUAGGUGUAGGUGGGGCCAUGGGCGCAGAUGGCUGCAGGCUAGGCUUUGUUCUGUCUGGACCUGGGGUGUGUGUUUCUCAAUGUGACACUGAACCUAAUUUCUGCUUCAAUGGAGGAGUGUGCACCGUGGUAGCAGGGAUGGGAGCUUUCUGCAGGUGCAAUGUACAGGACUAUAUCUGGAACAAAGGCACGCGCUGUGAAUGGGCUGUCACUGAGUUCCAGGUUUUGUGUGUGGUGGUGGGUGUAUCCUCCUUUGUCCUCCUCCUGCUCUUCAUGAUCAUCGUUUUCUUUGCCAAGAGACUUUACCGCCUCAAGAACGAGAACAGGCGCCUUCGCAAACGCAGCAAGUACCGCCCACAGAGCAGCGAGCCACAGACGGACGGCCUCUCAGUUUCAACAACAGCUGACGGCUCACAGCCAAAUGUAAGGAAACUGUGUGAUACCCCUCCGCCUGCUACCCAAGCUCAUACUCACAACCUGGCGUACUAUGACAACAUAAUCUGUCAGAGGCCAUCAACGAGAAAUACCUGGGACUAUAAACACAGAAACCCUUAUAACCACUUCCAGGAUGAGCCUCAGAAGGACAACCAAGCAAAGUCCCCCCAACCCAAGGAAGAGGGGUCUAUGAAUAUUCUCAACUCCCAUUCCCCCAAGCAGGAGAACAACUGCCCUGCUCCUGUCGUCCACGGCCACACCCCCAACAACACAGAGGAAAAUGCAGAGGUAAACAUGCUCCAGAAUAACCUGGUGUAGUGCCACCACAUGAUGAAGUGGGCAGCUGGGGAUAUCAGACUAAAAUAUUUAAGGCGUGCACAGGGCUCCUAGGCUAACAUCAUUUAUGUAUUGUGCAUCCUGUAAGUUUCUAACAGAAAAAUAACUCCUAAUGUUAAAAGUGAGCACAACAUGAAUUUAAAGAUACAACCUGAGAAGCACAAUGGUUCUGUUUACAAGGUUGCCAUGCUUUUACUGAUCACAUAGUGGCGCCGCUGCCUCCUAUCUUUCCUCUCUCUGCCUCUAAUGCUGGACUAAAAUCUCUGGCUUGGACCAACUACUGACUGACUGUCCUCUCUACUGAUGCCCUGCCUUGGUCUUUGGCCAAUGAACUCCUUCAUUGUCUCUUCUCCAGUUUUCCCAGCCCUCCCCUCCCCUCGCCUUUGCCUCCCCUUGCCUGUCCCGCCUUACUGUCUCUCUUUGCCCGCAUGCAUUGAUGUUAACAGCGAAAAAACGUAAUAUUUGCAAAAAAAAAAAAAAAAAAAAAAAGUAUGUGGAAAAUAAGUGAAUCUGUAUUUGCGAAAUAUUCAUGUUUGACAUUGCUAUUAAGUGGAUAUGUCUAGAUUACAUGAGGUUAAAGUAAUUGCUUGGAAGUUGAUAUUUGAAUCUAUAUGCAUAUAUUACAGACUCUGUGUCUUGGUUUUCAAUGUGUUUUAUUAUACUUUAAUGUACUUGAGAUUCUUUUGUACUUUUUUUGGGUAUACAUUGAGAAUUAUAGUUCACAGUUGUUGGAAUAAAUCUUUUUUCAUUUUA